AUGACGAGAAUGACCAGUUUCAUAGUAGUGCUACUUGUGAUGGUGAUCGGAGCGAUAUUAGCUAUUUGCGUUGAUGGACACAUAUCCUUCGAUCAACAGGAAAUCAAAGUACUUAAAUCCAUUAAGAGUGAAGAUGGAGAUGUAAUAGAUUGUGUUCCUAUCACUAAUCAACCAGCUUUUGAUCAUCCUUUACUUAAAAACCAUACCAUCCAGAUGAGGCCUAGUUUCUACCCGGUAAGUGAUUCUACGUACACCAAGAGAGAAGCAAAGGCUAUAACUCAGGUUUGGCACAAGACUGGAAAGUGUCCCAAAAACACUGUUCCAAUCAGAAGAGCAAAGAAAGAAGAUCUCUUAAGACCAAAAUCCAUCACGAGUUUUGGGAGAAAGUCGCAUCAAAGCAUCCCAAGAACUACAACCUUUGAUCCAACAUUAGGUCACCAGUACGCUUUGAUGGGUGUGAGGAACGGAAAGUUUUAUGGGACAAAGGUUGCAAUAAAUGUGUGGAAACCAUUUGUUCAAAUUCCCAAAGAGUUUAGCUUGGCUCAGACAUGGGUUAUUUCCGGAAAUGGCUCUAGUCUUAACACCAUUGAAGCUGGUUGGCAGGUUUAUCCAGAACUAUAUAAUGACAAUAAUCCAAGAUUCUUUGUUUAUUGGACGCGUGAUGGAUACAGAAAAACAGGGUGCUACAACCUUCUCUGCUCUGGUUUUAUUCAGACAAGUAAUCGAUACACCGUAGGUGGGUCGAUCACCACCAUGUCACGCUACGGUGGAGCUCAAUACAACCUAUCCAUACUUAUAUGGAAGGACCGGAAAACAGGAAACUGGUGGCUUAGGGUAAAUGAAAAAGACGUUAUUGGGUACUGGCCAGGCUCGUUGUUCAAUUCUCUAGGAAGAGAAGCUACGAGAGUUGAAUGGGGAGGCGAAAUCAUUAACUUGAGGACCGGUGGGAGACACACAACCACAAAUAUGGGAAGUGGGCAUUUUGCAAACGAAGGUUUUAAGAAAGCAAGCUAUUUCAGGAAUCUUAUGAUAGUUGAUGGAACCAAUACUCUUAGAGAACCAAAAGGACUUUACUACUUUGCUGAUAAACACAACUGUUACAAUGUUAAGCCAGGGAAUGGUGGAACUCCUUGGGGUACUCAUUUCUUCUAUGGCGGUCCUGGUCGAAACGUUAAGUGUCCUUGAUUUGUAUAUGUGUGUAUUCAAAAGCUUUUGAGAUUUUCACAUACAUACAUUGUUUUGAAUAAGAACAUGUGAUGGUCAUUUAAGAAUUAAAAAAUCCACGUCA